AGUGGGUUUGUCCACUGCUGCUAUACGUCAACGUCGCCGCCAUUUUGGAUGUCAAGACUGCGCUGUAACAGCCUGUUUCUUGGGUAUAUUGCGCAGCCUUGACACAUCCAGUAUGGCGGCGACGUUAAGGUAAGACUCAGCGCCCGAUGGGGGCGGAGCUAUCUACGGCUUGUCUAUGAUGCGAGUAAGCUAGCUGCCGACAACUGUCCACUUCUGAGCUUUUUUGAGGCAGUGAAGCGCACGUAAAGGAGCGCCAAUGGAGUGGUUCCACUGUAACAAGUGUUUCACCAAGACAGGGUCAAAGUUCGCAGUGGCCAGCUGUGGUCACAUCAUCUGUGCAGCAUGCAUUCAAUCCGAUCAGUGUGUGGUAUGUGGAGCCAGCUGCAGCUAUCUGCCCAUCACAGAUCAGAUGAAGCCACAGGAAAUGGUGUUUUUCAAGGAUCCCAUGAAGCUCAUGCAGUCCCGGCUGGACAACAUAUCCAUGAUUGCAGAUUUUCAGCAAACGCAGAUGGCGAGAGUGACGGCGCACUAUAAACACAAGUCAACUGAACUGGAAAACCGCCUGAAGGAAGUCACCAAGCAGAGUUACAGGCAACUCGCUGAGAUGAAAAGCCAGAACGCUGAUUUAAAAAGGCAAAACAUGGAGCUGAAAAGAGAGAUGGAAGAGCUGAAAAAACCUCUUUCGCAGAGGAGGGUUUCUCCGGGACCGUUUCAAACAAACGGCGUUCAGAGGGUGUCUCUCCCUGUGGGUGUCACUUCUCCAGUUACCAGUCGUUUAAGACCCAGGAGUCACUUUGGUUCAGCAGAGCCCAGAGAGUGGAUCAGAGACAGAGCCAUCAGUCAUUCCUCCAACACAACUCCUGGAUCAGCAACUUCUCUUUCUAGCCGCAGUUCUCUUCUUCAACAUAUACACAGGACACCAACUUCUAUCAGCCCGCCAACAAGAGACUUCUCCUGGCGUCCGGUGAUGUAAACGGUGGCUCCCGCUUCGGAAAGCUGCAGCGCUAUCCCCUUGCCGAUGCCUCUGGAGGCACCCGUGACCAAACACACCGAGCCGGAGAGAGCCAUGUUCUCUGUGGGCGGGUGGAGACAACCCUAAGAAUGAGUUAUACUGAAGUACGUCCGCAUAAUCAGACAGACAUGCUGGAAAAUUCACACAAAAGUCAAACUGUAGGGAAAAAUGUUUACACCCUCGUCGUUCUUCCUUAAACUUUGUUUUAAUGUUUUAACCUAUGAUUACUGCAGGGUUAACUUUUGCAGGAUCAGUCAUAUGGAUGUAAAGUUAAUUCAUUCAGUGAUUUUGUGUUAUAAAACCAAAGCCAGCAGGCUAUGUCGGGAUUUGAACACCAUUUCAUCCCAAGACCCAAAGAGACAUGGGUAUCCAUCCAAUAACAAAUAAAUACACAAUUGCUGAU